AGAGUGAGAUGGCUGAACAUGCUAUGCAGUGAGGCUCCAUGAAGCCACCUGUGUUCUGGAACUUUUUCAUGAAAGCAUAAUGGUAUAAGGUCAUCAGGGCACUCUGAAGGAGAGCUGGGUGUCAUGAAACUGAAUCCACGUCAAGCUCCGUUAUAUGGGAAGUGUGUCCUUACUAUUCAUCUGUGUGAUGAAGAGCUCUGUGAAGCAGAAGAGGAUGCAGGGUUUCUUCUGUUGUUUACUGGCUCCACUCAGAGACAUCUCACCAGCACCCAGAGGAUCAGCCAUGACACCCUGCAGGCUGUCUGUCCAGCCCAUAACUGCUGUGAGUCAGUUGUGGUCGCGCUGUGCUCAACUGUGGCGGAUGGGUCUACACGUCAGGUGGCCACAGACAGGCUGCAGUUUGUGCAAGACCUGGCAUUUGACAUGGCCCAGUUCUUGGUGAGUGCAGUGGGCUGUGAGGAUGGUCUGGAGGGAGCCAUGAUGUUGGAUGAGUGUCAGAUACCUCUGCAGGAGUGUGAGCGACUGGACCAAAGCCUAGCGCUGGCCCUCAGACACAUAACACUCCCUGAAGGUUGGAGUCUACUGGGAAACAGAGAAGAAAGUACAGAGUUUGUGCCUCAGGAGACACUCCUGCAUUUUGCUGCCCGGCGUGGACUCCACAAAGUGGCCAGCUUCCUCAUACAGCUGCCCGGAGGACGAGAGGCCCUUUUCUUACCCAACAAACAGGGGUUAACUGCAGUCAGCAUCGCCCAGAGCCGAGGACACUCCUCCUUCUUGGAGCUUCUUUCUCAGGAGGAGACAAGUACACCAUGCAGAACUACAACAUUAAGAAAGAUGUCCUCAGGUGCUCGCAUGGUGCAGUAUCACCCCUCUCUGGACACCUAUACCCUCUCUGUGGGCACAGAACCCAGUGACCAACAGCCCUGUCUGGAGCAAGAUGUCCAGGACCUGCACCAUCUGAUACUCUCACACUCUCAGCAUAAGGGAGGAGCUGUUUUUCAGCAGCAGUCAGAGUCACAACACACUGCCCAAGAAUGUGGUGACAGCUUGGAGACAAGGAAGGCCUGUUUUGAACAGCCGCAACAAAACUCUCUCAAUACUAAAGAGCAAGAGUUCACUACUUUUUGUGCCGAAGGAAAAUCAAGAGAGAGCAGCGACUGGCUAAGUCUAAGUGAAAACAGGGAGAGUAACACUGGUUGCACUUUCAGCUCUGAAACUUCGGACUCUUCUGUGGACAAUGGCGAGGUCCGGGUGUGCCCUUGUCAAAACACUGUGGGAGAUUGUGAAGUGCAAAAUCACAGCACAGCUGCUUGCGUAGUGAGCCCCAGGGAGGAGCAAGAUAACGGUGAGAUUGUCAAGAGCAAGUUCGAGGGUGAGAGUCCAGCCUGCAAAACCCCAUCCUGUAAAAGAGAAGAGGAGGAAACUUCCAGAACUCAGGACUUUGUUUGUCUAGAACCAGGGAGUGCAGAGAGGCAGCAGGAGGAGGAUUUCUCUGCUCAGGGAGAAGGUAGCAAUCAGUCUGAGGAAAAAAAAUUAUCUACCCAUAACCACAAAGCAGCAGCAGCAGCAACAACAGCACAUAUGGGUCUCACUCAGUCGUUAGAAACCUCUGAAACCUCCGAAACCUCCGAGACGUCUGGCGUGGAAUCUACGGAAUGUUCUGAGGAUGACCAAAGUGAAAGUGAAGUUGAAGAGAGAUACCUGUCUCUACUGCAAUAUGAUAUAUCAAAGGAGGAAAACAAGAAACUUCUUGACACAGGUUCAGCCAUAUUGGUUCCACCUGGUUCCCAGUGUGAGGAAAGUGGGCAGAAAUCACAAGAGACUGAAUGGAAACCUGUUCAUUUAAGCAAACCUGAAUUGGAAAGCCCAGUAAACAGGAUUGAAAAAUGUCUGGAGUGCAGUGUAGAGGAAAAUGAAGAGAGAGGGUCAAAUGCAGAUCAGAACUUGGGACAAUGUGUCAAGACUGAUGUUUCUCAACCCUGUGAACAGACCUUUGACCUUGGACAGUUCCUUGAGGAUCAAACAGUGCAGAGAUCAGCAGACAGUUGCCACAACGAUGACUGUAUAAUUCAUAAGGAAUCAGAAGAUGAGGCUGACCAGAACUCAGAGACUGAUAAAGUCAUGAGGAUUUGUGACAUAGAAGCUGAACUCAGUGAUGCUACUGAUGCUGAAAUUUCGUCUCAGUUAGACCAAGGAGCAUGCGCUAACAUAGCGUGCCAGACUGAACAAAAAUCAGUUGAAUUACACGAGGAAUCAGUAUCCAUUCCAGAGCUAAGAAUUUCAGUAGAGGAAGUAAAGGAGAAAACGGAGAGUGAAAGUUCCAGUGAUGCCACCCCCCUCCCCCCUGGCACAGAGCCUGAAUCUUCUACCCCCUCAGGUGAGGACACGACAGAAGAUGAAGAGCCAGAGUUCAAGUCCUCAGCCAAGGUCCUGGCAGACUCUGACAAUGAACCACUUCAGGAGCUCAGGGAACACCAGCAUGAGAAUGCAUUGGAAUGUGAGAGGUAUGAAAUAGUAGAGGGCAUAGAGGUUAAAGAACAGACUAUGAAAGCAAAAAUAGAGGAGAAUAGGGAUUCCUCUGUGCAGCAGGACUGUCCACUGAACCCAACAAUCAAAAUGACCUCAUGUGACAGAGAUAGUCGGCCUACACAGGGAGUGGAAAACAUCCUUUUCUCAGCGGAUUAUGUGAAUUCUAGGACUGACACAGCGCCUGAAAAUGCCAGUGAAUCUGGAUGCACGACAGUUUCUCAAAAUCCCGUAGGACAUCAUUCAAACAAGACCAAAGAAGACCUGUGCGAAACCAAAAUUGGUGAUGAUAGUCUUCCGGUAACAGAGGAGAAUUCUGUAGCCUCACUAAUUAACAACAAAAGCACAGGUGACUCCUCUCCUCCGUCAGAUGUAGCUGGACCAGCAGCUGAAAUGGACAGUCUAGUCUCUGUGGAAGAGGAGUGUGAGUUCAGUCCUAAUCUACUGGAGGGCUAUGCAGUUCCUGUGGAUUCAAACAUUUCUGUGACAGAGAAGCAGGACGAACUGUGCAGUGACACACAGGAGAAUUUUAGCACUACUCUUAUCCCUGUGGAAAGGCUUAACACUUGUUCAGUGACAGAUUCAGAGACAGAGGCAGAAGACCAGGUGGAGUGCAAUGUCAGUAUAGAAGAAGAGGUGUCCACGAUCCAUAAAGAGACGGAUGCUGUUGGUCUGAAUGGUCUGCAACCCUCCACUAAUAACAGCCUGCUGGAGAAGAGAUCAAUCUCUGAUUCCAUGGAUUGUCAUCAGUCUCCAGCUGAAUACCGACUAGGCAGAUCUGUCUCAGCCUCAAACCAAGACUCCAACAGUGACACAGAUGGCUUCCUCAGCACAGACGUCGGAGAUGACAGUGUCUUCAGAAAGGGGGAUGAGCCAAUAGCGGGGGACAGCACCAGUGAGGUGUCCGUGUCCUGCUCUUCGACAGAUGACACGACCAGUGUGGGCCAUCCCAGCUCUUCUGCAGACAGUUGUGUGGAAGGGCCCAGCUGGACUACUGAAGAGGUGAGGCAAGCAGGAAGUGCAGGAGGAGGUGAGGCUGAAGAGGAGGCCAAGGACCGUGUAACAGAUGUGUUGAUGCACUCUGCCGUCCUUCGCACUAGCGUCCGUUCUCUUUCACCCUCACGUCGCCACAGCUGGGGUCCCGGCAAGAACUCUGAACGAGAAACAGAGAUGAACCAGCGCAGUUGUUUACGAAAAAUUGGGGAAGAGCAGCCAACCAUUCAAAGACGGAGUUACAGUCUGGAGGGCCUGGUAUCUGAGACAGAAAAUGGAAAACGUUGGACUCCACGGGGAGACACCCCUCGGGAUCCCAGUGGGGUGCAGCACCAAACCAGUGAGGAAUGGGGAUCUUUAGUAUCCUUGACUGAAGAGGAGCUGGAGUCUGACCUCUGUAAUCAGAGCUGUCAGAAAACGAGGAGAUAUCAGCCACUGAAACAAAGCUGUCAAUCCAUGAACCUCACAAAAUCUGUUUCCAUGCUGUCCAUCAGCCAUAGGGACACUGAUGGCCUGAGUUCAUUCUCCAGCACAACAAGCUCCCUGGGACACAGUAUCACAGAGGAGGAGCCAGGGCCGUUGAGAGGUGAUUUUGAGGUGAAGAGUGUUACCAAAGUGAGCCGCACCUUCAGUUAUCUCAAGAGCAAGAUGUACAAAAAGGCCAGGGAGAAAGACAAAGAAAGGGGUCGUGAUAAAGACAAAGAGGCUAAGGAGAGGGACAAGAAGAGCAUAAAUGGACACCUUUUCAGUUCUGUUAACUCACCUCAUCCUGCUGUAUGCUAUCAGUGCAGCAAAACUCUCAACACUAAAGAGGCUGUCGUGUGCUCUGACUGCAGUAUGUACGUUCACAAGAGCUGUAGAGAAAAUGUUCCUGUUUGUGCCAAGAGUGAAAUUAAGACGUGGCAUAAGCAGCAGUAUGUUCUACCGGAAUCAGCGGCCAUGCCUUCUGUCACUCUGAGGGCAAAAUCUGCCAUGCUACGGGAGAGACCCAGGUCAGCAAUCUAUCCACCUGAUGAGCACUCAAUGGUUGCAGCACCCAGGAGACACACAAGCAUUAUGCCCUUUCAUACUAGCAACCUCUCCAAAAGCAUCUCUAUCAGCAACAUCGCAAUGCCCAUGUUAGAAGAUAUUCCUCUGAGGAGCCCAAAGCAUCUGUCCCACUCCACUGACUCUCUGCAGAAGUCCAACAAGGUCAAUGAGUCGACAGAGUCACUGAUAGAUGAAGGAACUGAGUUACUUGACAGCCAGCUGAUGGGAGAAUUCGAGGCUGAUGCCAAAGAUCUGGAGGCUGAUUCCUGGAGUUUUACUAUGGAUCAGAAAUACCUGAAGCAACUGACAAAAGAUGAUAUUCAAAGACAAGAUAUCAUUUAUGAGGUGAUCCAGACUGAGAUGCACCAUGUCCGUACUUUGAAGAUCAUGGCAGAUGUCUACAGUAAGGGCAUGCUGAAAGAGGUGCAUUUGGAGGCCCAAACGGUGGAACGCAUUUUCCCUGCCUUGGAUGAUCUUCUGGAGCUGCACACACACUUCUUAAUCUGCCUCCUAGAGAGAAAGAAAGAAGCCAAGCAGGAAGGAGUGGACACUGGCUUUGUCAUUCCUAAGAUUGGAGAUAUCCUCAUAAACCAGUUCUCUGGGUCCAAUGCUGAGAGCAUGAAGAAAGUGUAUGGCAAAUUUUGUAGUCGUCACAACGAAGCAGUUAACCUCUAUAAAGAGCUGCAUGCCCGGGACAAACGCUUCCAGUCCUUUAUCAGGAAAAAGAUGAGUAGCAGCAUUGUCCGGAGGUUGGGUGUUCCUGAAUGUAUAUUACUGGUGACUCAGCGGAUUACAAAAUACCCAGUGCUUCUGCAAAGGAUCCUCCAGCACACCAGAGAGAAUGAGGAGGAUUAUGAGGAGCUGACUAAGGCCUUGCAGCUGGUGAAAGAAGUCAUCGCUGUGGUGGAUGAUAAGGUGAACGAACAUGAGAAAAAAAGACGGCUGAAGGAGAUCUACAACCGCACAGACAGCAGGUCCAUCACGCGCAUGAAGAAUGGCCAGAUGUUUGCACGAGAGGACUUGUUGCGUGGCAAGAAACUGCUGCAUGAUGGCUCACUGCAGCUGAAAAAUGCUGCCGGCAGACUAAAGGAUGUCCAAGGGCUGCUGCUCUCUGAUGUGUUUGUGUUCCUUCAAGAGAAAGACCAGAAAUAUGUGUUUGCCUCCCUGGACCAGCGUGCCACUGUCAUUUCCCUUCAGAAGCUCAUUGUGCGUGAGGUGGCCAACGAGGAGCGAGGUCUGUUCCUCAUCACAGCAGGGAUUGAGAAGCCAGAGAUGGUGGAGGUGUACGCCAGCUCCAAAGAGGAGCGCAACACCUGGAUGCAGCUAAUUCAGGAUGCCAUGCACUCAAUAGGGAAGGAUGAUGAUGAAGGGAUCCCCAGUGAGACAGAGGAUGACAAGAGGCUGCUGGAGACCAAAGCCAAGGAGAUGAGAGAUAUGCUUCAGAGAAAGGACGACCAGAUCGUAGCUCUGCUACAAGAGAAGAUGAAACUCUUUCGUGAUAUGUGUGACUUUAGCACUCCUGAAGACAACAGUUCUCCCAUCAAGAUGCUUUUUAGGGCCGGCAAUGAUAAAGUGCCCAAAGGAGAACCUAUCAUGAAAGAGGCUCUAAAAGAGGUGGAGAUGUUGCAGACGCUGGUUAAUGGCAGUCUGGGAGGAGCUGUAGGCCAGCAGGUGGUUAGUGCUCAGGAAAGUGUGGGCUAUGUGGGGCCAGUGUGUCUGCCACGCAGGGCUGAGACAUUUGGAGGCUUCGACAGUCACCAGAUGAACAUUUCCAAAAACGGAGAGAAAGAGGAGGGGGAAGACACAGGCGAUCUGAGGAGGACAGAAUCAGACAGUGUCCUGAAGAAGGGGGGAAAUGCCAACCUGCUGCUGCUGUUCAAGAGGAACAGUGAGCAGGUCCUACACAGUGUCACAAACCUUCAUAACCUCCUGACUUCACUACAGGCAGUGGUGGUGCAGCAAGACACUUUCAUUGAAGACCAGCGGCAGGCUCUGAAUGAGCGGCCAGCAUCUCGGUCCAGACCCAGCUCUCUAAUUGAGCAGGAGAAACAGCGGAGCCUGGAGCGCCACAGACAGGAGUUGGCCUCUCUGCAGCGCCAGCAGGCUGCACACGCUGAGGAGAAGAAACGAAGGGAGCGUGAGUGGGAUGCACGGGAGCAACAGUUGACUGACAGGGAGGUGUUGCUCCACGUGCAGGAGGAGGAGAUGCUGCGUAAGCGCAAAGAGCUGGAUUUUGCACAGAAGGAGCUGCAAGGUCGAAAAGAAGACUACCAGAAAGAUCUGGAGAGGCUGAGGGAUGCCCAAAGAAGACUGGACAGAGACAGGGAGCAGGUCCAGAGGGAACUGGAGAGGAUAGAGCAAAUGAGGCAAACGGAUCAGAAAAGGAUGAACAGAACACCCUCCAGCACGUCAGAGGACUCUCUGCAGAUGCUAAGCAGCAGUUCACUGGACAGAGAACCUGGUGAGAGUGAUCUUUCCAACGCAGACAGAAAGAAUUCACUGUCCAGGAUGGACUCCAAGCACAAGGUCAAGACCAUGAACCCUUUCACGUUCAGUCACAAAGCCCAGACUAGCGAAGCCCAAAACCAGCUUCCUAACAGGCUUUUACAGUUAGCCAAGACUAAGGAGAAAAAAGAAAAGAAGAAGAAGAAGAACAAGACACAGCAGUCUCAGGAAGCAGAGUCCCAUCUGCUGCCACUGACAGAACCUCCAACGGAUGGAGAAAUUUUCUUCUGCUGAGUUUCUCUGCUGACUGUCAGUCACCUCGCUCAUGCUGUUUUCACCAGCUGAAUGUAAAGUCAAGCAGACUGCCAGCCAAAGUGCCCUCAAAACCCUUAGCAUGCCAUGGACCCCCAAUGGAAGUCAAGUUCCUUUGGAACCUACUCCUUAUCCAUAAGUGAGGUUUAAAUACUAAACAUGCUGCAUUUUUGUGAUGCUUACUUACCGGAAAUACUUGUUCAUAGAGGAAGAGUAAAAGUAGCGUUAUUGUUAUUGUUGAAAGUACCGUUGUUGUUGUUUUUGACAUAUAUAUGUGGACAAAAUCAUUUCCAUCAACAUUAUGGUUUAUACAGCAGUAACAUAAAUCUGAACCCACAUGAGCUGCAGGAAAAUGCUUUUCUGUUGCAGGCCUACAGUGUGAAAACAGCACUAACUAGUGCUCAGUAUUUCUCCACUGUUCCCUUUUACAACUCAGCUGCUUAUGAAUUCAUUUAUAACUGAUCUGUUUUCCUACAAAGAUUCAUUGAACUGCUGAUGGCUGAUAGGCAAAUGUCAAAAUUAUUUUAGGAACGAACAAGGCUAAAAAUUAUACAUGGUAAUUUAACUUCUUUGAGAUGUGGUGAAUCCAGCUAGCUUUGACAUGUCCUGUUUUGACAUUUAAGCUAUUGUCUUAUGUCUUUCACUACUACUGGCAAAUGUCUUUCACUCAUUUAUUAUACAAUUUGAUUAUAUCUGGACCAGCAGUCAGAAUUGUUAAGUCUCAAGAGGACAUAAGGGAAACAAAGACAGGGGAAAAAAGGAAAAAAAAAAAAGAUUUUAAAGUAAGUUUAUAUAUUUCACUUUCAUGUAUAUAAUAUGGAUGACUCUCUAUUUUUCACCUCAAAGCAAUGCCAUGCUACAGAGCACUUUAAACAAAAGGUUUGUUGUCCUGAAAUGGCAAUCAGUUUACUCAUUUUUAAUCCAAAGAUCAUCUAUUUUGGAAAAAGAACAAACAAAAUUUUGGGUAACAGCUGCUUUAGAACUACCCUUCUAAUAUUUCACUGACUAGUUUAAGUUUCUGAACUUGGGGUACUUAUCAUUUCUUUAUCAAAAACUGCUGAAAAAUAUGUAAGUUCUUAAACUUGAUUACUUUUAGCAGAAGGGCUAAAACUGUAAAUAUUGAAUGAAUCCAUAGACCUCUGGAUUAUUUUAUAGUACCUGCAGGACAGGUAUGAUAUCUGCACAGAAAAGCCAAGAAUGCACAGUGUACUGUAAAACCUACAGAGGAUCAAUAUUAGGCUUUGUCUUUGUUUUGAAACUUUUUUUCACAUUAUCCUUAUUUAAUAUUUUUUUUUGUUCUCUACUCAGAUAGUGGCCGUUGACUCAGCCUUUGUAAAUGUGUGCCCAGUUGUUGUGAUUCAUGGUGAAAUUUGUGCUUGCUUUAAGAUGCAUAUUUCACCAGCGAUUGUUACAUUUUAUUUAUUCUCUCAUUCAGCAGAAUUUUUGCUUCAGUAGUACAAACCCUUAUAGUGUUUAAAUUCUGUGUUAAUUCUUUUCUUCAGGUAGUGCAGAUAUAUUGUAACAAUGUUCAUUCCCUAGAGGGCAGCAGAGAUUUUAAUAUUUUCCAUGCAACCCCAAGGUGUUGGUUUGGGUUCUGUAUUUCUUUCUUUUUUUUCACUGUAUUUGAACUUGAUUCAGAUAAUUGACAUCAGAGAGUAUAUGUAAAAAGAUAGAAAUAUAUAAUAUGUCAAUGCAUGCCACUAAGACAUUGCACUCCUGAUUCUUCAAACUGAGAAAAGGGAAUUACAUAUUGCUUACGUUUGAAACAAUUGAAAAUAAUUUCACUAUGGCCUUAUGAAAUUCAGGAUUUAUGAGCUGUCUGUAGUCCCACCAAACAUCUCACUCUCAGAGACAUACCUUUUUCAUCAGGAACAAGCAGGGAAAACUCAAUCAAGCAGUAUGCUGCUGAAUUGAUAUAUUUACUAAAAAUCAUUUUGGAAAGUGUUUCGCCUUAAACUAAUGGCAGAAUGCACUAGAACAUAACCCAGCAUCUUCUCAGGAGGAUGGAGGAAAAGUCUGAUUCCUCUGGUAUAAAUUCAAAAGAUUAUUGUACUAAAGGUACAUCUUUUGUUUUCUUGCUUGGUUGCAUUAAGAAAGUCAUAGUGUUUUAUGUAAAUAUUAUCGUGUAAAAAUUUAAAUGUAAAAGUAUGAAAUAUUAACUUGUUUAAAUUGUGAUCAAUUCCAAUAUUUUGUAAGAAUGCUUUAUUUAUCUUAAGUCCACUCAUGUGGAGGUAUAAAAUGUAAUGUUUUCAACACAAUAAAAAUUGUAAAAACAU